GAUUCUCCAUUAUCUAAUGCAGAUUUUGAGUUUUUUUGUAGAUGGUUCCAGAUAUGCUGAUGAGAAUGGUAAUUUCCACACUGGAUAUGCUGUAGUCUCUGCACAUGAGGUAAUAAAAGGUGAACCACUCGCUCCUCACUGCUCUGCACAGAAGGCAGAGCUGAAGGCACUCGCUGAAGCGUGUAAAAUGGCUUCUGGUAAGACUGCUAAUAUUUAUACAGACUCUCGCUAUGCUUUCGGUAUAGUCCAUGAUUUUGGCCCUAUAUGGCGGGCUUGUGAUUUUCUCACCUCAGCAGGAACUCCAAUCAAGAACUCUGAAGCCGUGAGUGCACUUAUGGACGCUAUCGUGCUACCCACUCAAGUAGGCAUCAUCAAGGUGGCAGCUCACGUGAAGAUCACAGAUGACAUCUCAAGAGGAAACCACAAAGCAGACAAAGCUGCCAAGCAAGCAGCAAUUCAAGUUCAUCCCUCUACAGAUCCAGACUCUGAUUCUGCAACUCACAAACUGCAGCCUGGUGAUUGGGUGGUGAUAAAGAGGCAUGUGUGGAAAGGACUUGAACCAUGCUUUGACGGUCCAUUCCAAGUGCUCUUGACUACGGCUACCUCAGUGAAACUAGAAGGAAAAGCAACGUGGAUACACGCCAGUCACUGUAAACAAGUUACUCCGACUGAUCCACCAACAUGAAGCUGUUCUUAUCCUUUACCA